AUGCUAUCCACAUUCGCGUCCUUCCUCCCCGCAGCGCUGCAUAAUCACAUAAACCAGCACCAGCAGCCUGAGCUGCCCCGACCCAACAUCAACCCGGACACCGACGACGACGACGAUCCUGAUGGGGAUGGAGAUGCGGAGGGAGAGGGAGAGGGGGAGGGAGAGGGGGAGGGAGACUCGCGCUCGGUUGUAGCGCAUGAUUAUGCGAAUGACUCUGCGGCGCGGCCGCAUAAGGGCAAGGAGAAAGAGAAAUUGGCUAAUGAGACAUUCAUCUUCGUCCGCCCCCCACCCUCCAAAUCGAACCACCCGCUCAACCUCCAAGUCCAGCUCGUCCCUCCGCACGGCAAACCGCCCUCGGGCGUCGUCCCGCGCUCCAGCACAAGCGGUAAUGAAAGUACCAACACCACACCGCGGUCCGCAGCCAGCUUCGGCAGCAGCGCCGGCGGAGCGUCGCUCGCACGCACGCCCUCAAACCGCUCAGACACAUCCACCUCCUACGCGCACAGCUACACAACGAACCAAUCCACAUCCUCCUUCACAUCCUCCCUAUCCACCUCUUCCACCUCCACAUCCACCGCAGCCCGACGCGCAAUAAUACCUCUAUACAACCUCCAAGCGCACAACGUCCUGACCAACGUCAUAGUCGACGCCGGCACGGACGCCAAAAUCGCGAAAUUCCAAAAGAGGGGGAUCGAGCUGAUCGAUCUGGCGCUGCUGGAGCCGGUGGAGGUGUGGGGCGAGAAGGACGGGGAGAGGGAGGCGAGGCGGGAGAGUAUGCGGAUUAGUGUGGAUGAGAUGGGCGCUGUUUUGACGGGGUUUGGGGUGGGGGGCGCGAAUUUGGGGGGCAGUGGGAGAGGGAAUGGGAGCUUGCUUUCGGCUAAAGGAGCGUUUUUUCAUGCGGGAGGAGGGGGAGGAGGGGGGAGUAGACCUGUGACGCCGUCUGCGGCGUCGUCUGCGGCGUCGUUGCAUUCUCAGGCGCAGUCGUAUUCGAAUUUACGCACGGCUUCGCCCUCGCCUCUGCACUACAGGAAUACAAACACGAAUACGAACGCGAACGCGAUGUCGACGGAGCAGUCGGAUCGCACGAUCGUGCCGCCGCCUCCGCCGCCGCCUAUACCACUUCCACAUCCCAGCUCAAACUCGAACCCAAACUCACAUCCAAAUUCACAUCCACAUCCACAUCCCAACUCAAACUCACAUUCACUGCCGCCUCACCCGAAUUCACUAUCACAUCCACUACCGCAGACGAUGCCACAAGGAAUGCCGAUCCCAAUUCCAAUGCAGGUGCAGGUGCAGCAAGCGCCCGCGCCCGUACCAGCGCACGUACCACCACAAGCACAAGCACAAGCGCCGCAGAAGAGAAAUUUGUUUAACAAGUUGUUUAAUAAGCGGAGUAAUAUCUCUUCUUCUGCUACUUCUACAUCUGGGUCUACGCCUUAUGCUAGUGCCAACGCCAACGCCAACGCCAAUCCCGCAUCGUCUUCGUCUUCUUCCACUUAUCCCGCCACUUCUACCACUUAUCCCGCCCCUCAUCCCGCCUCAUCUUCCACAUCUUCAACCACACCCGCCCCAUCAACAACAACAUCAAACACAACAGCAGCACCAAACGACAAAAAACGCCCCCCAGCACUGCAAGAACCGCUCCUCUCGCCGACUUCUCCGUUGUCGGCGCAGGCUACGCCCACGCCUACACCGAUGCUGUUUGGGGCGCUGACGCCGCGGCAGGGUGAUAUUGGUGGGGUUGGUGGGAUGGGGUCUGCUAGGGAGAAGGAUAGGGUGGAGGGGGAGGAGGAGGAGGAGGAGGGGUGGGAGAGGGAGAGGGAGAGGGAGAGAGAUCAGGAGAGAGAGGAAGAUAGUGGAAGAGAAAAAGACAGGGACAGGGACAGGGACAGGGAGAAAACGCACGCGCACGCGCGUACCCAGAGUCAAAGCCAAUCCCAAUCCCAAUUCCCAGUCCAAACGUUAGCCUCAGCCCUAACUUCCCCGUUCAGAGCGACGUUGAGGAGUAAUAGGGCACGGUUGUCUGCUGUGCUUGGGGGGUCUGGCUCUAGUGGGAGUGGGGCGGGGGCGGGUGGUAGUACGGGGAACGGUACAGGAGGGAAUGGUAAUAAUACGGGGAAUGGAAGUGCGGGUGGGAAUACUGGGAUUAGUGGGAGUGUGGGAGGAGGCGCAGGGAAUGCGAAUGCGAAUGCGAGUACAGGGAAUGGGAGUGCGCGGAGCAGUCGGCAUAGUCUUGUUGAGCGGGAGCGCAGUCGGGAUAGGGAGAGGGAUACGGAGCGGAGUUGGGAUGGUAGCUGGGAGCGGGAGCGGGAAAAUGACAGGGAGAGGGAGAGGGAGAGGGAGAGGGAGAGGGUGCGGAGCAGUAGUCCCCCUGUGAGUCUGAGUUUUGAUGGCAAUGGGUAUGGGCACCCACAGCACCACCAGCAGUAUCAACAAACCCAACCUCCAUUCCAGCAGCAACAGCAGCACCAGCACCAGCACCAGCACCAGCACCCGCAAUACCAGAACCUCUACCCACAUCCGCAAAUCCAACUCCCCCCACAUCAACCUCAGCGCGAAGACUUUAGUAACAUUAAUGUGAACCUGAGCACGAAACAGCAGCAGCUGCAGCUGCGCCCGCCGAUAUUAGGGAUCCAGCCUACGUUCGUCUCUGCUUCCAAUUCCAACUCUGCUUCUGGGUAUGGGUCGGGGUCGGGGUAUGGGUAUCCACAGCAGCAGUAUCCACAUCAGCAUCACCAGCAGCAGCAGUACGCCUCGUCAGCGGCGCUCGCUGCGUCGAUGACGAUGAGCCCGCGGAAUUCGGAAAGCCACGACUCCAGUUCCUUCUCCGGCUCAAAUUCAAACUCGAAUUCGAAUAACCCACUACAAAACCAGCGCGCGUUAAUGUACGUCUGGCUCGUAAGGAAGUGGCUCAAACGGCGUCCUUCUCCGUCGAUGUCGAUGGCUUUGUCGGGUGUGGGGGCGAAUUUGAAUUUGAAUUUGAAUCUUAAUCUUGGUGGGAUGAACUUGGGAGGGAGGAAUUUGGGUGGUAGGAAUCCGUUUGGAGAGACGGGUGUGUUUGGUGUGUUGCGUGGUGCUGGGAAGGAGAGGGAGAGGGAGAGGGAGGGGGAGAGUGGUGGUGGUGGUGGAGGAGGAGGAGGAGGUGAUGCGGGUUCAAGUUCGAAUCCAGAUCCAGAUCCAACUUCCUCUGCAAAACCAGGAUCAGGAUCAACGACAACAUCAACGACAACGACAACGACAACAUCACUUAAAUCAAAACCAUCCAAAAAAGAUAAAUCCAAAUUAUCCAAACAAUCCUCUAAACAAUCAGAAAAGGAGCGAGAGAGAGAGAGGGAGAGGGAGAGAGAGAGGGAGAGGGAGAGGGAAAGGGAGGUGGGUGGCCCCGCGCCGCUUUUGUAUGGGGGUGUUGAGGUUAGGUUUGAGUGGAAGAGGGCGAAGGGGAAGUCUAAAUCCAAGUCGAAAUCCAAGUCCAAAGCCAAGGGGAGGGAGAGGGAGAGGGGGAAAGAGGCGAGUUAUGCUGAGAGGGAGAGGGGGGAGAGCGAUGGGGAGGUUGAGCAGAGGAGCGGGAGCGGGAAUGGCGUUGGGAAUGGAAAUAGCACAAGAAGAUCGGAGAGCACGAGUAAGAGACGCCAUCGGAUGAGCACGGGCAGUUUUAGUACCACUGCUGCGUCUGAUGAGGGUGCAGGAGGAGGAGAUGGGGGAGGAGGAGGGGAGGAGAGCGAUCCGGAGGAUUCGGAGACGCCUUGGGUGUGUACGCUCAAGAUUCGACGGCCUGCGCAUGCUGUGCCUGUUCCUGUGCCGUCGCAGUCAAAUGCGUACGCCAACGCCAACGCCAACGCGUAUCCCAACGCCCCGUCGUCGCAGCCAACAACAACAGACAGCAGAAUAACAACAGACGCAACAGGCACGCAAACACUCCGCAUAAAAGUGGGCACGCUCUCGCCGACACCGCAUCAUCCGAAGGUGGUAGCUAUGCUUAAAGUGCCGUUCCCGUUGCCGGAUGUGGAGGUUGAGCGGAUGGGGGUUUUGAGGAGGUCUGGGUUUGGGUUUGGUUUGGGUGGUGGGCAGACGCAGGGUUCUUCAGGAGCGGGUGCAGGUGCAGGUGCAGGAGGGGAAAGGAGAGAAGGAGGAGCAGGAACAGGAACAGGAGGAGAGGAAAGGGAACCCUACACGGGCCUCACACUAACAGCGGAAGAGAUCAAGGAUAUGGUGUGUAGUACUGGGUUGUGGCUUGUGGUUAGAGAGGGGUUUGGGGGUGUGGGCAGGGUUAGUAGGAAGGGUGAUGGGUGGCGGAUUCGUGCGUAG